GUUGCUUGUUGCGGUGUGGGUGCCAUGUUGGUGAGGGCAGUGAGAGUGAUGGCUGAAGAAGGGCUGUGAGACAGUGGGACUGCUGGCCAACAAGCCUCUCGCUAUCUGGCGCUGGUGUGAACGGCAAAGUUGGGUACUGGUGCGGGAGCUACUUGGUGUGAAUGGGCGAAGCGGCCUUUGGGAGUGGGAAUAUUAAAAUUCGCACGAACAGGAGCAGUUACUGAAAUCCUGACGUUGACAUUACCUGCUGUAGCUAUUGAGCAUGAAUGAUGAUGACUCCCUUCACCGGUUGGAGGGCAGUGACCCUGGCAAUCAGGUUGGCGGAUUAAUAAUCAAGAAGAAGAUUGCUACAGAUGAUCAGCAUAUCUUUCGAGCACCAGCACCAAAGACCUCACUGUUAGGGCUUGAUAAAUUGGCUGCUCAGAAAAGAAAAGAGCGGGAAGAGAAAGAAGAAGAAGAAAAGAAGAAAUCAAAGGUAUCGUCCUAUAAAGACUGGGCAGAAGGAAAGGAAGACUUUGGUUCUGAUGAAGAAAGUGUUGACAAAGUAGGCAGACGUGGGAAAAAGGAGAGGUACUAUCGUACCUCUGGUUCAGAGACACCUUCGCACACAGGUGGUGUUAGUGAGGAAUUUAAGGAACGGCAUCGACAAAGAGAACGGGAUCGUCGGGAACAUGGGGUUUAUGCAUCAUCAAAGGACAAUGAGAAGGAAAAGAGAAGGGAACGAAGCAGAGACCGAGAUUAUGAUCGAGAAUGGAGUAAAUCAAAUUCUUCCAGGAGUAAGGACAGAGAUAGAUCAGAGCGAAGUGAAAGAGGAUACAGAGACAAUUGCUCAGAUCGAAGUAGAAGCAACAGAAAAGAUGAACCAAGCACACCCAAGCACAGAUUAAAAGAUGCUCUUACUCCUUCUCGAUCUAGCUGGGAUGAUGAUGACAGUGGAAUUGCAAGUCCGUAUACUCAUCGAUCUCAGUGGGAAUCUCCAUCUCCUACUCCCUCACAAAGGGAUUCAGAUAAAAGUGAAAGAAGUUAUCGCUGUUCAGGUCGUGACACUGAGAGGCGUGAUAAAGAAAGAUCUAGAAGGAAUCAUUACGAAGAGGAUACGCCCCUGCCAACACCAUCGUACAAAUACAAUGAGUGGGCUGAUGACAGAAGGCAUUUGGGGGCGACACCGCGUCUUUCAAAAGGCAAAGGUAAGAGGGAGGAAGGUAAAGAUGGCAUUUAUUUUGAGAAUGAAGAGGAGCAACGGCAAUGGGAGGAAGAUCAAAGGCAAGCAGAUAGAGAUUGGUACAUGAUGGAUGAAGGACAUGAUGAUUUUCACAAUCCUCUGGCGUACACUUCAGAGGAAUAUGUGAAGAAACGGGAGCAAUUGCUGCAGAAACAGACACAGAAGAGGAUUUCUGCUCAGAAGAGGCAAAUUAAUGAGGAUAAUGAACGAUGGGAGACGAAUCGAAUGCUAACCAGUGGUGUGGUUCAGCGUCUGGAAGUUGACGAAGACUUUGAAGAGGACAAUGCCACUCGAGUUCAUUUGUUGGUGCACAACUUAGUUCCACCAUUCUUGGAUGGACGAAUUGUGUUUACCAAACAGCCAGAGCCAGUGAUUCCUGUGAAAGAUGCCACAUCAGAUAUGGCAAUCAUCUCCCGGAAAGGAAGCCAGCUAGUCCGCAAGCACCGUGAACAGAAAGAACGUAAGAAGGCUCAGCAUAAACACUGGGAAUUGGCUGGGACCAAACUAGGAGACAUUAUGGGCAUAAAACAGGUAGAAGAGAAGGAUCAAGACAUAGGAGAAGACGGGAAUGUGGAUUACAGAAUUGAUCAGAAGUUUGCUGAUCACAUGAAGGACAAGAAUGUGGCAAGCAGUGAAUUUGCAAAGAAGAAAUCUAUUCUUGAACAAAGACAAUACCUACCUAUAUUUGCUAUUAGAGAGCAGUUACUCAACAUAAUUCGUGAUAACAAUGUCGUCAUUGUUGUUGGAGAGACUGGUAGUGGAAAAACUACUCAACUAACGCAGUAUCUUAGUGAAGAUGGUUAUUCAAACUAUGGCAUGAUUGGAUGUACUCAGCCCAGACGUGUGGCAGCUAUGUCUGUGGCAAAACGUGUUAGUGAAGAAAUGAAUGUGAAUCUUGGAGAAGAGGUCGGUUAUGCUAUUCGAUUUGAAGAUUGUACUUCUGAACAAACUGUCAUCAAGUACAUGACAGAUGGUAUUCUACUGCGGGAAUCCCUAAGAGAAGCAGACUUGGACCAUUAUAGUGCUGUUAUUAUGGAUGAAGCCCAUGAGCGAUCACUAAACACUGAUGUACUGUUUGGCUUACUUAGAGAGGUUGUAGCUCGCCGUGCAGACCUAAAACUAAUUGUUACUUCAGCAACCAUGGAUGCAGGCAAGUUCGCAGCUUUUUUCGGGAAUGUUCCUGUUUUUCAUAUUCCAGGCCGGACAUUUCCUGUGGAUAUUUUCUUCAGUAAGACUCCCACAGAAGAUUAUGUGGAGGGAGGAGUUAAGCAGGCUCUACAAAUUCAUUUAUCAACUAUUCCGGGUGAUAUCUUAAUAUUUAUGCCGGGGCAGGAAGACAUUGAGGUAACUUGCGAUCAGAUAGUAGAACGACUAGAAGAGUUGGAAAAUGCUCCACAACUUGCUGUGUUACCAAUAUAUUCCCAGCUACCCUCUGACCUCCAAGCCAAGAUUUUUCAAAAGGCUCCAGAUGGAAUCCGAAAGUGCAUAGUGGCUACAAACAUUGCGGAGACGUCACUGACUGUGGAUGGGAUCAUGUUUGUUGUUGACUCAGGAUACUGCAAACUGAAGGUUUUUAACCCUAGAAUGGGAAUGGAUGCUCUUCAGAUUUAUCCAAUUAGCCAGGCUAACGCCAAUCAACGUGCAGGUCGAGCUGGGAGAACAGGUCCAGGCCAAUGUUUUAGGCUGUACACACAGAGUGCAUAUAAAAAUGAGAUGCUGACCACCACUGUUCCUGAGAUUCAGCGGACAAACUUGGCUAACGUAGUACUGCUGCUUAAAUCGCUUGGUGUACAAGACCUACUCCAAUUCCACUUUAUGGACCCGCCACCUGAAGAUAACAUGCUGAAUUCUAUGUACCAACUCUGGAUCCUGGGUGCCCUCGACAAUACAGGCAGUCUGACUCCAACUGGAAGGUUGAUGGUAGAAUUCCCACUAGAUCCUGCUCUCUCAAAGAUGUUGAUAGUAUCAUGUGACAUGAGCUGCAGUGCUGAUGUCCUUAUCAUUGUCUCAAUGCUUUCAGUGCCUGCCAUUUUCUAUCGACCAAAGGGUCGAGAGGAAGAGAGUGAUCAAAUGAGGGAGAAGUUUGCUGUGCCAGAAAGUGACCAUUUGACAUACCUUAAUGUUUACCUGCAGUGGAAAAAUAAUAACUAUUCCACUAUUUGGGCUAAUGAACACUUUAUCCAUGCCAAAGCUAUGAGAAAGGUCCGAGAGGUUCGUUCCCAGUUAAAGGAUAUAAUGAUGCAACAGCGUAUGAAUAUUGUAUCCUGUGGUACUGACUGGGAUAUCAUCAGAAAAUGCAUCUGUGCCGCAUACUUUCACCAGGCUGCAAAACUGAAGGGUAUUGGAGAGUAUGUGAAUGUGAGAACAGGCAUGCCAUGCCACUUGCACCCAACGAGUUCACUUUUUGGCAUGGGUUACACCCCAGAUUAUAUUGUGUACCAUGAACUAGUGAUGACUUCAAAGGAAUACAUGCAGUGUGUUACUGCAGUGGAUGGGGAGUGGCUCGCUGAGCUUGGACCAAUGUUUUACAGUGUCAAGCAAGCUGGUAAAACUCGACAGGAAAAUCGUCGUCGUGCCAAAGAAGAAUUGUCUUCUAUGGAAGAAGAAAUGGCUAUGGCACAGGAGCAACUACGGGCACGCAAGGAGGAACAAGAGAAAAAGAAUAUUCUAAAUAGUGCAAGGUCUGUCAAGAUUUAUACUCCUGGACGGAGGGACCCAGGAACACCAAUGACUCCACGACAUACCCCAGCACGCUUUGGACUCUGAUUGUUAUCUAAUUUUGUUUUUUAUGUUUUUUAAUUUUGUACAAAAUAUGUUUAAAUAUUUGUGGCUUCAAAUCUAUAUUUGUAUAUUACCACAUUUUUCUAGUACCUCAGAAUAACAGUAUUUGUGUUUAUAAUGUAGCACUUGAGCUUUUCGUUGCACCAUAGUCAAGUGGUAGUGAUUGAAAAAUUCAAGUUUGUCAUCACAAUGGAUGGUACACAGGUUCAUGUGAUAAUAGUUUUGUUGCUGCCAUCAUUGGCUUUUCCAUAGAUCUACGGGUCCUCAACACUGGGUCAGCUAAUUGUGUGCAUAUACAAGAUGUAUGGAAAACCUGUCCUUUCCAGUGGAUCUCUUGUCAUCUUUACUUUUUAUGCAAGAAUUGUUUCACUGUUCAAAUGUUACCCAUUCUCAUACUUAGAUUUUCUGUUUUUUUGUUAAAUUCUGGACAUCUGUUUCUCAUGAUUUUGCAAUGCUAUGCAACUUCAUUCCUCAAAAAAAAUAUUUAAAGUGUCGUCUCUAUUUAAGGACCGUGCAAAAUAAUUUUAACUCUUCUGUAACUUUGAUCCAUUGGAGAGUUAAUUCAACACACGUUAUGAAAGAGAACAAUGCAAAGGGAAAUGAGCAAUCCCCUAUUUCUUGACUUUUCAGUGAAACAUCUCACUUUAUGGAGCGUUAUCUGACCUGGCUGACAUAUCAGUGCCAAUCACUGAUAUUCUCCAGGGACCUUUGGAGUUAUCAUAUUGUAUAAGUAGCAAGAUUGAUGGAAUAUGUUAUCCCUUCCUGUUUGAGUGACAAAUUUUGUUUAACUACUCAAAAUGUCCUUGCAUUGUAUUCCUUUUUCUUUUCUGUCCUCGAAUUUGUCCAGCCAGUCAGGCUUUUGAGCAUUAAUAUUUGGUGAGAAAUCCUUAUGAGUGUAAUUCUAUCAGGGAGAAACUAUUUUUUGCUCUCUUGGUAGAACACAACCGAUUUUCCCUUCAUGAUUUUGAGGUAACAGCAAUUUUUGCCUGUCGUAAAUUCUGUACAAUUUGGGGGUAUCUUCUGUGGGAGAGGUUUGUGAUGCAAUCCAUGUGUCUUCGGUCCAUAAGAAAAGGAACAGAAGUAGGCUUGACUUGCAUGGUUCAGAACUGCAAGUCCUUUCAUUUUCAUAUUGCAUGCCUUUAUUUGAAUCCAUUUGAACAUUCAUGAGGCUACAAGCAGGAAAACAAGUUUCUUGAAUUUUUUUGUAACUGUACUGUGCUUUCAGCAAGUGCAAGUAUGUGUUUAACUUCUUCAGAUUUCAAUCUGGGAUCAAUACGUUAUUGUAUUUCAAUUUAUUUUACACUUCUUUUCAAUCUUGAAAGGAGUUCCAGCCGCCUCCAAUAUGCUCAUUUCUCUGAACUUACUCUUCAUUAACUAGGACCCUAAAUGCCACUGUUUAUCUUGAACAGAAAAUUGGGUUUACUUCACCUGUCCAGUAAUUUCUGGCUGAGGACACUUCAUGCUUUACAAUCGUUUCACCCAGCUUGAUUUUUUAACACGUGAGCUGUUCUGUACUUUGGGCUAUUUCAUGAAAAUAUGCUAUCCUUUGUGACAGGUGUUUCAAAUCAAUUAAAGAAAGGGGUAUCUA